AUGAAAGGAAGUACAAUUAAAUUAAUAAUUUACAUUUUAUUGACUGUGGUAGGGUUAUCAAUCUAUCAAGUAAAUCAUGAUGGUAAAUCACCUAGAGGUUAUUUCGAACCAUUGUAUUCGAGUUUACAUACUAGUGGAGCAUCUAUAAAUAGGACGUUGAUUAUGGCACAUAGAGGGUCUAGGUAUAUAGUACCUGAAAACACUAUACUUGCCUUUCAAACUGCAUUGGAUCUCGGAACAGAUGUCAUAGAGACUGAUGUAAGAUUGUCAAAGGAUGGACACUUGGUUAUAUUCCAUGACAAGUUGUUGGAUCGUGUCACCAACAUCAAUGGAGACGUCGAGGACCAUACAUUGGCCGAGUUGCGUGCCUGUGACGCCGGCUACCGCUUUUCACCUGACAAUGGCACCUCUACUCCGUUCCGUGGACGUGGUCUCAAGGUGCCAACCAUGCGUGAGGUCUUUGAAACACUGCCCACAACCACUUCACUCAACAUUGAAAUCAAAGAGGAUGAUAUCAAGGUGGCUGAAAGUUUGUGGCGUGAAUUGGAACGUGCAUUCAAAGAGUUGGGUCGUCCACAUCGAUCGGUUGUAGUAAGCUGUCGUUUCUGUGAACCAACUGCACACAUUAGAGUAUUGGCAAGAGAGUAUAUGGUAAAGAAUGGUCUUUCUGAAAUGCCCAUCACAACAUCGGGUUGUGAAAGAGAAGUAACACGAUUUGUCAUUCUCUCACAAAUCUAUCUUGCCAAACUUGUCUAUUCGGUAUUCCCAAUUACUUCAUUUGAAGUGUUUCAAGUACCAACUUCGAGUGGUCCCAUCUCACUCGAGACUGGUCGAUUCAUUGACACUGCCCACUACUUUGGUUUGCAUGUCCAUUUUUGGGUGAUCAAUGAUGCACCAGAAAUGAAGCGUGUCUUGGGACUCGGUAUCGAAGCCAUCAUCACUGAUCGUCCCGAUAUCGCCAUCAAAGUAUUCAAAGACGCCAAACUCAAACCUGCCAAUUUCCCAGUCCCCAAACCACUCCCAUCCAACCAUUCAGGCACCUAUUUCAUUCCAUUGUCCGAUGUUGAAGAAUCACACACUUGUAUUUCAUUCUUUUGUAUUCUCCUCCAACGUAUCCAUUUCAUCAUCCUUGCUCUAGUCUUGUCAUUUGUCUUUAUGAAAUUGUAUAGCGCCAAGUCAUACAUUGCUGCAAAAUCUGGUUUAGCAAAAAGAAAGAAAAAUUAUAUUUUACAAAAACAACAACAACAACAGUCACAACAAAAGAAGAAAACUAAAUAA